GUUCCUUAUAAAGAGGGAUCGUGCGGCUUGUCGUCACAAUACGGCAUCAUAAGGAUGGGUGCGGUGGAAAUGAGUUUCUUGUUCGCCUUUGCGUUGGUGUCUGGGCUUGUCAAUGCAUCGGAACUUGAUGUUCUUAAAGCACACCUUCUGGUGAUGGAAAAACAGCUUCAGUCUUUCAAUGCGAGUCUUCAGAAAUCCAAGACCUGCUGCCACAAGAGUAGAUCGGACGUAGCCUUUGAGGUAUUUUCCACGCCAGAUGUUACUCUGUACGGUAAUCAAGUCUACAAGUUUGAUGCCCUCACUCUCAACAAUGGAAAUGGGUAUCACGCAGCAAGCGGCAUAUUUGAAGCUCCUGUGUCAGGCACCUACCUGUUCUGGGCAAGCAUUCUUCCUAAGACGUCGAUUCAUGUGGAUCUGUACAAGGAAGGGAGGAUAUUAGCAACUGGUCUCGCACAACACCCAGGGAUGGCUAGUUUCACUUAUAUGACAGCAGUAAAGAAAGGAGAGAAACUUUGGUUUCAGAACCGUAUAUUCACCAAAAGGAUCUGGGGUUACCACCACUCAAGCUACGGAGGAGCACUGAUUCAUGAGCGCUGA